UACCACAGAAAUGUAGAAAAUACACUCAUCGACAACAACAAACAACACGUUCAAGCAACAAGUACGAAUUUAUUUUAUUAUACCAACGAUUGUACGAAACACUCUAUGGGUAUAGACAGGAGAAACAACGAUUAUUUUGUUGAGACGAUUUUCGAAACAGAAAUGCACGAACCGUCGUGCUGUGAACAUUGAAAAUACUUUUUUUUAAAAAGAUCACUUCGCACUUCGUUUUUGAAUAAUUUUUUUUUUCAACUCGUUCGGUUGAACAAUAAUUUUUUGAAAUAACUUUGAAAUCCGUAACUCAUUUUUUUGCGGUAGAAAUAUCUUCUUUUGUGGUUCGUCCAAUCAGAAUUUGUUUAAAAGAAACUGAAAGUGAUAAAGCAAAAAUUAAGUCUUCCGGAAUAAAGAAACUUUUGUUUCCAUUGAAAUUUGAUAAGACAACCAGUGGUGUAUGUAAAAGAUAAAUUUGAUAUUUAUUUUUUUUUUGGCGAAAAGUGAUUUAGAUAAAAAAAAAGUUGAUCGUGACUCGUAGUCUUCAGAAACUGCAGAGUGAAUUAGAUCCUCAUUUUGGUGGAAAAUUUGAAAAUUAAAAUUUUUUGUGGUGAAGAAAUAAACCAAUUUUUGUGGAAUAUUUAAAAUUAACGGAAAAUAUGGUUACUGGAAUUGGACAAAUGCAAUCAACAGCACCAAAAACAAUGAACGGAAAUAUUCCAACCGCAGCCGUAGAGCCUGUCAAAAGGGCUAGUGAUAACAGAAGAAGCAAUAAGCCAAUUAUGGAGAAACGGAGGCGAGCCAGGAUAAACAAUUGUUUGAGCGAACUAAAGACGCUGAUACUGGAUGCAACAAAGAAAGACCCCGCUCGUCACUCAAAGCUCGAAAAGGCUGAUAUACUUGAAAAGACAGUAAAAUAUCUACAAGACCUUCAGCGUCAACAGUCGGCCAUGUCGCAAGCAGCUGAUCCUAAUAUUGUUAACAAAUUCAAAGCCGGCUUCGCUGAAUGCGCAAAAGAGGUGGAUCGAUUCCACGGUAUAGAUCCAGUAGUAAAGCGACGUCUGUUACAACAUCUCAGCAACUACUUGACCGGCGUAAAAUCCGAACAUCAACCCCAAAUACAACAGGUUCAAAUUCACAUGUUGCCAUCGUCACCACCUGGUUCGCCUGAGCAAGACCAGCAGUUGUUACAUCCACAACAGUCACAGCAACAACAACAAAUAUUUCAAAUAUCGCCGGCCAACGGCUACUACCUCAAAAUAAAUGGCGUACUCACCUAUGUAACGCCCCAACAAAUGCAACAUGUGCCUCAAUGCGCGAUGCCAACACUUGUUCCCAUCCCGUCGCGAACAUCAUCAACCGCAUCGGCUGCAUCGAUCCAGUCCAGCGAAACACGUCAAUCGCCCAUUUGCUACGCACCACCCAGUCCGGCCAAUUCAUACGAAGCAAUGGACUAUCAGGCGACACCAACCACAACGCCAACACCUACCUCAAAUCAUCAUCCACAUCAUCAUUUAGUGAGCCAACAACAACAGCACAUGCAAAGGCUAGCCGAAUCACAACAGCGUUCCUACAGUCCGAGACCGUUAUCGUUGGUGAUGAAAAAAGAAGCACAAAAUGAAGAAGACGAUGAACGAAAGCGACAAGCAACAUGGCGACCGUGGUAAAUAUUUGUAAUGAAUUAUUUCCUAAAUUAUUUUGAUUGAGUUCUAAAUGCUACGUUUAAGUUGAUGAUGAAGAAUGCAGCCAAUAAAUUUGAAUUUUGAUAUUAGCUAAAUUGAACGAUACAGCAGAUUGAAUAUUUAGCAAUGUUUGUGAAUUAAAAAGAUUAAAAACCACCCUAGAAAUGAGUGAAAUUCUGUUUAUUUUGAUUGAAAAACAUGACCAAAUGUUUUGGCUGAGGUCUUCAUACCAAAAUAGAGGGUUUUAAGGGGACGCAACCAACUUAAUAACAAUACUCCCGGCUCAAUAUUAACAUGCGAUAAUAUCGCUUGUUUACUGAUCCGGGGCCCUUUUGUGAUUGAGUCGGCUGCAUUCCCUUAAAACUCUCUGUAUGGUUUUGCUGUAAAUAUGAAACGAGUGAAGAAAGAUAAGGAGUGAGAGAAAUCGUAAAUAGUUGACAAUGAUAAAGAAAAACAAUUGGGCAUUAUAACCGACCACUAAUAGAACACUGUACCAUUACAAGUCAGCAACUAAAAAUUUAUUUGAAUAAAGUAUGGAGUUUGUAUCGAAAAAAAAUCAGUUAAUCGACUUCCAAUAUGUAGCACGUGUCGGAGCACUGAAACUGUGCAAAUAAUAUCACAAAAGUACAUAAUCGUUUCCUGUACAAUUAAAAAAUAUUUAAUCGAAAACAAGUUCGCAGUAUCAAAAUAAAUGAAAGCAAAAAAAAAAAUGAGUUGGCGCACGCGCGCGCAUGUUUCUGUAAUAACUCUUAAGUGUCCGCUAAUGAAUAACCUAAACAAAUAAUUAUAAAAAUGCAACACAAAACACGUACAAUUUACGAUACAGCACUAGCCAUUUAAAAAAAAAGAAGAUAUUUACGAACGGAACGUUUUUCCAUUGUGAAUGUUGUGAAUGUAUUUUGAUGAUCAGUAACUGAUCAUCAGUUUGCAUUACAAUAAAAGGCGACUCUGAAACAUCUUGACAAAAAAUCUUACAAAUUGAAGCGCUGUGUAGGUAAAUAAACAGGUGAAAUUAUCUUACGCGCGCACCAUUAUAUAAUUGCUUCAUUAUACGCAAUCGAAAAGCGCAAUGAAAAAAUUCUUCUAAGACUACGAUUAUAACCAUACCAUACGUACACAUUGUCAUUCGGUAUUUUACUGUUCCUCUUAAACUCGAAACUUAAGUGGUGUGGUUGUGCGCUUGCUUCAUUUCAGCGCGUUACAUACCGAUAUGAUAUGUCACGAAAAUAUUCCUACACCAGUUGUACAUGAAAAUGUUACAGUACAAACGAAAUCAAAUAUUACCAAGGUUUCUAUACUACACAAUAAUUCUUAUCGUCAUCAUCACGUGCUCAGUUCACCUUCAGUAAUUUUCCCGUUGAGCCAUAUAUUGCCGUGUAUAGUUGAUUGAGUUAGGGUUACGCAAAUUGUUAGGGCGGCUACGAGUCUUACCUUUCAACAUGUGUAUUUUUAGUGAAUUAUAACUGAACUGUUAUUAACUGCACUGACACUCAUCUGUAUGAAAAACGUUAGACUGCUUUUGUUAUGCAUUGGUGAAAUGCAAUGCGUUGAAACUGGGAUAUUUUUCAACUGAUCCUGUCAAAAUGUAGAUCUUAAUCAAAUGAGACAAAAUGUAGUUGCGCUCACGUUUCAAUAUUGUGACGGUGCAUAACAUUUUUGCACAAAUUCAUGUAAAGAUGAACUUAAAAACACAAACGAUUAAUCACUUUUACAUCACAAUCGUGUUGUCUUAAUGGAAUUCGUACAGUUAUGGAAAUAAAAAAGCGUUGGGAAACGGUACAGAAGGGAAAUGAAAAUAAUUUAAACGAAAAGCCAACAACAGAACAAAUUCUUGGCAACCCAAUUUUUCUUAUAAAUUCAAUUUGAAAAGAUUGUUGUGCGGUUUUUUUUGUAUAUUUUGCAAACGUAUAAAUAAAGCGGCACGAGGCGACACAAUUUCUGUAUUAUAAAUAAAUUAUUUAUUUUUGGCGUAGUCACCAAUGUUUGAUUAAAAUACUUUUUUUGUCUAUUGUUCUGAAACGUAAUCAUUUAUUUAAAAAGGAAAAAAAAAACAGAAUUGGUGACAGGCAGAAUUACAAUAAAUUUAUUUUUUUUAUGGUCGUCGAAAGGGAAUAGUCAGUAUCUACGUUGUAUGAGCUACAAGUUUCAUUGCAAGGUUGUAUUAUUAUUAGCACCAGUGGUCAUUAACGUCAGCACAUACUUUCCAAUUUCUCUAGAUACAUGUGACUUCUGUACGAAGGUUAAUUUGUCGUUUGAAAAAACAAAAUCAAUUAUCUUGCUAUUUGAUGGCCGUAGUAAACAACAUCAAUGUAUAGUUCUCAUGCUAGGCAACCAAAAAGAUAUUAAGAUAAUUAACAUUCUCCAAAGUGCCUGAUCAUAAAAAUAAAU